CGCUAGCAGUUGUUGUAAAGCCAACAUGGCAGCUGCCUAUCUAGCUUCAAAACAGCAUUCUGACCGUGAGAGGUGGGUAUGUAUAUACCCAGCAUACAUAAACAGCAAAAAGACUCUUGCUGAAGGCCGGAGGCUACCAAAAUCGCAGUGUGUGGAAAACCCGACCUACCAGGAGAUUCGGGACGUUCUAGAUGCAACCGGCUUCAAAGUAGGAGUUGAGAACAAGUUGUACCCCCGGGAACAAAACAAGGACAGUCUGCUGUAUCGAGGUCGCAUUCGGGUCCAGUUGAAGAAUGACGACAGCACACCAUGCAACCCUCAGUAUCCCACACGCAAAGCACUGAUGCACCACAUCUGUGACAUGAUUCCAAGACUGAAGACUCGAACCCAGCGGCAGGGCGGUGCCGACCAGCAAGCACAGGGCGGUGCCAAUGCCUCCAAAAAGGGAGGCAAAGGAGGCAAGGGUGGCAAAGGAAAGCGCUGAGUCCCACACACUCGUCGGAUUCCAAGAUGUGCACCGUUUCAGUGCAUUGAGACUUUGACCUUUCCAGGGUGCUCCUGUUGCCUUGUACUAUAAAGAUCUUUUCCAUUCCGA